CCCUUCCUGACCUCUUAACCCCAUUCCAAUUUACUCUUACCAUCUUCUCAUCAAAACUUCAAUAGGUUGGAUAUAAUCUUUCAACAAGAGCUUUAUUGUUUCUAGUUCAUUUAUUUUGUCUAAUUCCUCAAGCUACCCUCAGUAACCGGUCGACUAUUCUUUGAAUAUGUCUCAAAUAAUCCCCCGUUGGGGAUCCCGCACUUCAGCGGCUAGGCCGCUUUGGGCAAGCGUUCUUGCCGUUGCUGCCAUGUUGGCAUGCUCUGGUACAUCUAACGCCCAGUCCAACUCAACGGCUGCAUUGGGAAGUGUAAUCGGUAUCGAUCUUGGAACUACGUACUCUUGUGUUGGUGUCCAGGAACGUGGACGAGUUGAAAUCUUGACAAAUGAUCAGGGAAACCGUAUCACACCCUCAUAUGUGGCAUUCACCGCCGAAGGUGAUCGACUGAUCGGAGACGCAGCCAAGAACCAGGCUCCAUCCAAUCCUACAAACACAAUUUUCGACGCCAAACGGUUGAUCGGACGUAAAUUCGAUGACCCAGAUGUCAAACGUGAUAUCAAACUUUACCCCUUCAAGGUUGUCAAGAAAGGAGACAAACCAGCAAUUCAAGUCGAGGUCAAGGGUGAGAAAAGGACAUUUACUCCUGAGGAAGUCUCAGCCAUGGUAUUAGGAAAGAUGAAAGAAACCGCAGAGGCCUAUUUGGGUCGUAAGGUUAGCAACGCUGUUGUCACCGUCCCAGCUUACUUCAAUGACGCUCAACGUCAGGCAACUAAGGAUGCUGGUAUGAUCGCUGGUUUGAACGUUCUUCGUAUCGUCAACGAGCCAACCGCCGCCGCUAUUGCCUAUGGUCUUGACAAGACCAAGGGUGAACGACAAAUCAUUGUGUACGAUCUUGGAGGUGGUACCUUCGAUGUCUCCCUCCUUUCCAUCGAUGAGGGUGUCUUUGAGGUGUUGGCCACAGCUGGUGAUACUCACUUGGGUGGUGAAGAUUUCGACAACCGAUUGAUUGAAUACUUUAUCAAAUUAUGGAAGAGAAAGCACGAUGGUGAAGAUAUCACUACCAACCUCCGAACCAUGGGUAAACUCAAACGGGACGUUGAAAAGAUCAAGCGAACCCUCUCUAGUCAGCAAUCAGCCCGAAUCGAGAUUGAAAGCUUUUUCAACGGUAAAGAUUUAUCUGAAACCCUUACCCGGGCCAAAUUUGAGGAGCUCAACAUCGAUCUUUUCCGAAAGACUAUGAAGCCCGUUGAACAAGUGAUGAAGGAUGCCAACGUUAAGAAGGAUGCAAUCGAUGAUGUAGUCUUGGUUGGAGGUUCUACCCGUAUUCCUAAGGUUCAAGAACUUCUCAAAGAGUACUUCAACGGCAAAGAACCCUCCAAGGGAAUCAACCCCGAUGAAGCUGUUGCGUUUGGUGCUGCUGUUCAAGGUGGUAUCUUGGCUGGUGAAGAAGGAAAUGAAGAUUUGGUCUUGAUCGACGUCUGCCCCUUAACCUUGGGUAUUGAGACGACCGGUGGUGUUAUGACCAAGAUCAUUGACCGAAACACUGUCGUACCCACCAAGAAGCAACAAAUCUUCUCUACUGCCGCCGACCAACAAACCACUGUCUCGAUCCAGGUCUUCGAAGGUGAACGUGCCAUGACCAAGGACAACCAUCAAUUAGGAAAAUUCGACCUCACUGGCAUUCCCCCCGCCCCCAAAGGUGUACCUCAAAUUGAGGUCACUUUUGAAGUUGACGCCAACGGUAUCAUGAAAGUCUCAGCUGCUGACAAGGGCAGUGGACGAGUUGAAUCUGUCACUAUCACCAACGACAAGGGUCGUCUCAGUCAAGACGAAAUUGACCGAAUGGUCAGGGAGGCCGCUGACUUUGCUGACCAGGAUGAAGCUCUCAAGAAGAAGAUCGAAUCUCGAAACGCCUUUGAAAACUUCAUCUACACCCUCAAAAACCAAGUCGCUGAUAAGGAAGGUCUUGGAGGCAAGUUGGAAGAUGACGACAAAAAGACCAUCACUUCCGAACUCAAGAAAGCUCAAGAGUGGCUUGAUGACAACACGACAACUGCCACCGCUGAAGACUUUGAUGAACAACGAGAAGCCCUACAAGCCAUCGUCUCACCCAUCACGAGUAAACUUUACGCCUCAGGCGGUGGUUCUGAUGACCCACUUGGAUCGCACGACGAACUUUAGGAGAUUUGGGUAUACGGCUCAUUCUUUUUCAAAGUUGUUUCUGUAUGAGGUGAGAGCGGACAGAGGAGGGAAGUUCAGAGGAAGUUAUAUGCGGUGUUCAUGUAACAGUACCCAAAGGGGGUCACUAGGCUGCUUAGAUGGAUGAAAAAAAUACAAAAAUCGCACCAAGUCUUUAUCAUGUGGCAAGCCCCCCUGUGCUCCGUUUUGAGUAUACAACCUAAGAUUGGUGAUUGUAGUGGUUUUGUUUAGGGAAUUGAGUGAUUUUGAUGAAAAGAUCUUUGGCAUCGUCUUUGUUUACUAGAUUUGUUUUCUUCCUUUUUUUGUUUAGCAAUUCAAAUGUGUCUUAUUUUACAAGUCUG